AUGUCGCGCGUUGGAGUGCUAGUGCUUGGUCCAGCAGGUGCGGGAAAAAGUACCUUCUGUAAUGGUAUCAUCUCAUAUAUGCAAUCAGUGGGUCGGAGAGCCCACAUUGUCAACCUGGAUCCUGCUGCAGAAGCAAGUGAAUAUGAGUUCACCGUGGAUAUUAGAGACUUGAUCUCGUUGGACGAUGUAAUGGAAGAGCUGAGUCUAGGUCCAAACGGCUCGCUGGUAUAUUGCUUUGAGUACUUGCUGGAGAACCUAGACUGGCUCGAUGAGGAGAUUGGUGACUACAACGAUGAGUAUCUGAUCUUCGACUGUCCCGGGCAGAUCGAACUAUACACACACAUUCCGGUGUUACCCACCAUCGUGCGCCAUUUACAGAAUCAACUAAAUUUCAAUUUAUGUGCUUCUUAUCUAUUGGAAGCGCCUUUUGUGAUCGACACCUCCAAGUUCUUCAGUGGUGCGCUAAGCGCUAUGUCUGCAAUGAUCCUGCUUGAGCUACCACAUAUAAAUGUGCUCAGUAAGGUAGACUUGAUAAAAGACGAAUACAGUAAGAAAAGGUUGAAGAGGUUUCUAAACCCCGACCCGAUGCUGUUGGUAGACUCAGCAAACGCUGACACCAAUUCCAAGUUCCAUCAAUUAAAUAAGGCGAUUGCCAACCUCGUCGACGAUUUUGGCAUGGUUCAGUUUCUUCCUCUUGAGGCGAAGAACCCCGAUAGCGUGUCGACCAUUUUAAGUUAUAUUGAUGAUAUAACGCAGUGGGGUGAAGCGCAGGAGCCAAAAGAACCAAACGAUGCUCUAGAGAUAGAAGACAUGUAG